AUGGACCGUGGUUCCCUUUCUUGUGGAUAUUAUCAAAUAAAAAACAAUUAUUAUAUUGACUGUGGACAACCUGGUAGUGACUGGCAUUCAUGUGCAAAUGAUCAAUCAUGUGCUGAAACAUGUGUUCGAAGUUAUAUGAGUCGUUAUGGAACUUAUUGUACUGGCGGUCGUACUCCAACAUGCCAAGAUUAUGCUCGAAUCCAUAAUGGAGGCCCCAAAGGAUGCACAAAUCCGGCAACACUAGAUUACUGGCAAAAAGUUCAAAGAUGUUACAGUGGCUAG